AUGACUUCGUCCGCUGUGUCAGCUCCACUUGAAGCGCCGGUCCUUGGAGACGCAUCUCCAUCCAAGCCUGCGGCGUCAGACGAGAUUCUGUUGCGUUCUGCUCGUCUUUCAGACAUUCCAAUUAUGGGGAACCUCUGCAUGGAUGCGUACGCUCCCAACCCGGUCACCGCAUAUCUGACUCCAAAAGCGUAUAUGUAUCGAGAAGACAACGCGCAGCAGCAUCGGCAAGGUUGUAGGCGCAGAUUUCUGGAUAUAAGAAGCCUUUCCAUCGUUGCUUGCCUUGCAGCCGACCCUUCGAUGAUAGUAGGAUUUGGGCAAUUCCGUCGUCUUGGAGACGACUAUGGCGCGAAGCAAUUUAUAAGAGACAGAGGCAUACGGGAAAGGCUUUGGAUUUACAUUCUCUCUUGGUUCUUCUAUUUUUACCACAUCAUCGAGAACAUCAUCUGGUCAGACAGGAUUACUCACAAAGCAAGAAUGAAAGAAUUCGAGUCCUGGGUAGGUGAUGAUAACGAAAUUUACUGGAAAUCGCACCCCGAGAGAAGCAGUAGAUGGCAUGCAAACAGUAUUGUUGUCAGUCCGCAAUUUCAAGGAAAGGGAAUCGGGAAGAAGAUUAUGCUCGAGGGGUUGAAACGUGCACAGAAUGAGCGGGUGAUUAUGGGAUUGACCGCAAGUGUUGAAGGCGAAUAUUUGUAUCGUAAGGUUGGUUUUGAGCUACUGGGAACUUUCAGCCACCGAGUUCCUACGGACGACAGGGAGGGAGGUGGAAUUAUGAUUUGGUACCCGGAAGGAACGAAUGCUAAGAGUUAG